AUGGAGCGUGCUGGGGAGAGGCGCCCCCUUUUGGCCCGGGGUCCGGAGAAGGCGCCCGUGGAGCCUGGGGCCUUCAAGGGCCGGAGGUUGGCGUGCGGCGCGGUGCUGGCGGUGGAGGCCCUGGAGCGGCUGGCAUUCUACGCGGUGGUGGGCAACCUGGUGCUGUACCUGAACGGCUCGGCCUUCGGCUGGGACGGCCCCAGGGCCACCAGUGCCAGCCUGGUGUUCACCGGCGCGGCCUACCUGGCCUCACCCUUCGGAGGCUGGCUGGCAGAUGCGUGGUUGGGCCGCUACCGUACCGUGGCGGCGGGCCUUGCCCUCUACCUCUUCGGGAUGCUGGCCCUGCCGCUGACGGCCGAACCGCGGACCCGGGCCCUACUCUGCGGCCUACCCGACUUCACCCACCGGCCCCCAUCCACCGGGGAUGGUGGCACUGCUGGGGACGCGGAUUACUGCCGAGGGUUCAUCUACUCGGGCCUAGUGGUUGUAGGCCUAGCUGUGGGCUGCGUCAGAUCCAACAUCACCCCGUUCGGGGCGGACCAGGUGAGGGACAUCUCUACGUCACAUCCCUUCCUCAACUCCUCAAAAUCCCCGCUCCCAAAAUCAGAGGGUCAGUGCUGA